AUGCCGCCCCGCCCGAACGCCAAACCGGCUUUUACCCAUUUUCUUUGUAUUCCCCUAAUCACACCAGCCUCGAGAUCACAAGUCUCGAGGAGCUUGGCCUCUUUCAAAGCAGAUGUCACGGAUGCUACCAGCUUCGACAUCCCGGAGACCGCAGUCAGGCCCCUCGGCACCCUCCACCUCACACUUGGCAUGUUGAGCCUUCCCAGCUACGAGAGCGUCCAAAAAGCGACUGCAGUUCUCCGGGGCCUGAAUCCGCCCGCAGCCUUUGCAGACAUCAAGUCGCUGUCCACGACUGCGCCUCUCGCGACGCCUGCUCCACCGGCGGAUACCAGCGUUGACCAGUUUCCGUUCCUGACUCUGAGGGGCCUGCAUUCGAUGCAGCGGCCUGAGCAGGCGUCGGUGUUGUAUGCUGCACCUGAAGAUGAUCGAGGGAUCCUACUGAGGUUCUGCGAGAGGCUGCGCGAUUCCUUCAUUGAUGCGGGCGUCAUGGUGAGGGAAGAGAGGCCCCUGCUUUUGCAUGCUACCAUCAUCAACACGAUCUAUGUCAAGGGGGGCAGGGAUGCGCAGGCAAAACGGGGGAAGAAGCUGACUCUAGACGCGACAGACGUGUUGGCGCGGUAUGAGGGAUACGUGUGGAUGGAAGGUGUGCCUCUGGAGAGGAUUGCCAUCUGCAAGAUGGGAGCGAAGGCGGUGGAUGGCGAGGAUGGGGCUGCGUACGACGUCGAGGCCGAGGUUGAUUUCUAG